CGCGGUGGCAAUGGAAUUCAGCAACGACGUGCCGGCCGUCGUGGGAGCGGCCGUCGUCAGGUCCGACUGGCCCGCACGCCACCAACCACCACCUCCUCGAGGGCGCUGAGAGGCGGGCGAACAACCAUCCAUGACGCGCCCUCGCCAUGAUUGGUCUAUGUGCCUACGGUAACCCUGGGAGGUGUAGAGGUACUUUGUACCGAAGGUACAGUACCUCUUCAGUACGAAGUGGUGGACGUCGUACCUAGUACCAAGCUGUGUGUCACCAACCACCAAAUGCUUGGGUCGCUAAUCGAGCCGUGACGCGCUGGGAUGCUCACCGUCGGGUUGCAACACACGCAUGUAUGCUCGAGUGCCAGCACGCGCAUUUUGAUCUGAGCCUCCCGCCUGGCCGUGCACCGUCCGCUGUUCGCCUCUUGAUAUCUAGACAACGUCCUUCCUGUCUGCGUUGCCUCUGCCCCGCUUGCGUCAGCGGCGUCGGCUGCAUCGAGGCCUACGUGCCAGGCACCACGUUCCUGGCGCAUGCAGGCGACAUUUUGCCUCUCACCACCCAAUUGAUCCCUUGUGGCGGCGCACAGACUUGUCAUCAUCACCAUGGACGGGAAGCGCAAUAUUGUCAUCGUCGGCGGCGGCAUCAUUGGAAGCACCACGGCCUACUACCUCACCCGCCACCCAAAGUUCAACCCCGCGCUUCACACAAUCACUCUGCUCGAGGCUGCUCCCACCGUUGCCGCAGGUGCUUCGGGCAAGGCCGGCGGCCUCUUGGCCCUCUGGGCAUAUCCCUCAUGUCUCGUCCCCCUGUCAUACAAGCUGCACAACGAGCUGGCGGCCGAGCAUAACGGCGCGCAGAGAUGGGGCUACCGACAGCUCACCUGCGGUAGCUUCGAGGCUACCGUCUCAAGAAACAAACUCGAUGAGAUGAAGAGGUCCAGGGACGAGGGCAAGGCCUGGGAAAAGCUCCCGAAACAAGACGACGCUGCCAAGGAGAUGCUAGAACCCGGAGCUCUGCCGCAGGACCUCGACUGGGUCGACCGAGACUCCAUAUCUGGCUGGGCAGAGAUGGGUCGCCCAGGCACGACCGCCACCUCGCAGGUUCAUCCCCUACACUUUACCAGGGCUAUCGCCGAGCUCGCCCAAGAAGGAGGUGUCGAGGUGCGGACGCAUGCUCUGGUCACCAAGCUGGUCACGUCAAAAACUGCCGUCGAAAAGGUGGAAUACCUAGACAGAUCUACCAACGAGACCCAGGAAAUAAGCCAUGUCACCGAUGUCAUCGUCACUGCGGGCCCCUGGACAGGGCGGUUGCUGCCGCGAGCCAAGGUCGAAGGUCUCCGCGCUCAUAGUGUAGUGUAUGAGGCAGAGGUCAGCCCGUACGCCGUCUUCACCGACAUUCAGCUCCCCUCCGACUUUGUCCCUGAGCACCGCGCAAAGAUGGGCCAGCGUAGAAUGCACAAGGGCUCCGUCGACCCGGAGAUCUACGCACGUCCAUUUGGCGAAGUAUAUGCGUGUGGCGAACCUGACACGCUCAUUGCCUUGCCCGAAACGGCAGACCAAGUGCAGUUCGACGAAGCGCAAUGCGACGACAUCAUCUCGUACAUUGCCACCAUCAGUCCGGUGCUCGCCUCCGCGCCCAUCAGGGCAAAGCAGGCCUGCUACCUGCCGCGACACAUGCGGUUCGGGCAGGAGAGCGGUCCGCUCCUGGGAAGGACGACCGUUUCGGGAAUCUGGGUCGCGGCAGGACAUACGUGUUGGGGUAUCCAGAAUGGUCCCGCGACGGGCAAGCUCAUGUCCGAGUACAUUUUCGACGGCGAGGCCACCAGUGCGGAUGUCGAGAAGCUUGACCCCCGUAAGUUUAAGGUAUAACUCGUCUAUAGGUUUCUCAAGCUUUAGAACGACGUACAGCUAUCAGGGAGCACCUCGAGGCGAAUAUAGAAUAUACGAUGACCAGACCCUGGGUCAUCCUCUUCAUCGACCAGCGCAUCAUUCCGUCAGACAAGUCGACUCGGUGCGAAGCUCAGGGUCGCUAUGCUCCACUGAAUAACCAGAAGUCGCUCGGCGCGCGUGUUCCCAACUCUGUCUCCGUUUCGGGCGUCGCCCACCGCCA